AAAGAAUUAAACGUGUAGUUUAAGAUGUGUAGUAUAAGAUGUCACAUGUGUAACAUGUACGUGCUAUUGUUAGUCUUAGUCUUAUUUCAAGUUUGUUUGGGGUUUACCGGGCGUGGACUGUUUUAUCCCGGUAGAGCAGACUUGUUUGAGUUAUCGAUAAUUCAUUUAAAUGACUUUCAUGCCAGAUUCGAACAGACGAGCCCAUAUUCUGGAACCUGCCGAGAGGAUUACAAAAAGGAUUGCAUAGGAGGUAUAGCUAGAGUCUACACUGCAGUUAAUCAGCUCAUGAAAGAACGACCGAAUGCAAUUUUCUUGAAUGCCGGCGAUCACUUUCAAGGAACUCUUUGGUAUAAUAUCCAUCGUUGGAACGUCACUGCAGUGUUUAUGAAUAUGUUGCCACACGAUGUUAUGACGAUCGGUAAUCAUGAAUUCGACAAUAAAAUCGAAGGUGUGGUUCCCUUUCUUAAAAAUGUCAAAGCACCAGUUGUAGUAACAAAUAUUGAUGACAGUGAGGAGCCAACUAUACAGGGCUUAUAUAAGAAUAGCACAAUUAUUAUAAGAAACGGUACCAAAAUUGGCGUCAUUGGCGUUAUUUUAUCGACUACAAACUUUCUAUCGAAUACGGAGAAAUUGAAGUUUCUGGAUGAAGUAGAAACAGUCAACGACGAAGCCAAACGACUGAAAGAAAAAGGAAUAAAUAUUAUUAUAGUUUUAAGCCACUGUGGAUUGGAUGUGGACAGGAUCAUGGCUGCGAAGUGUCCUUUGAUCGAUGUAAUCGUCGGUGGUCAUUCGCAUACGUUUCUUUACAGUGGACCUCCGCCUUUUAUCGAUACACCAGAGGAUGAAUAUCCUGUGAUCGUAACGCAGAAUGAAACAGAUAGAACAGUUCUUAUCGUUCAAGCAGCUGCUUAUACAAAAUAUUUAGGUAAUCUGACAGUGUGGUUCGAUGACCAAGGGGAAGUUGUUGAUUGGGACGGAAAUCCUAUUCUUUUGGAUCAAUCCAUCGAAGAAGAUUCGGAAAUCUUGGAAGCUUUGAAGCCAUGGAAGAAGGUAGUAGAUGAAACGGCUUUAAAAAAAGUCGGCACAACGAGAGUUUUACUUCAAAACAAUUGUUACAAUCAAGAAUGCAACAUGGGAAAUCUUAUAACCGACGCCAUGGUGAAUGCGGUUGUCGACGAUGUCGAAAAUAAAACUCAUUGGACGUAUGCAGCAGUGGCCUGUAUGAAUCCAGGAGGAAUUCGUAGUUCCCUUGAGGAGUCUGAUAUUACCUACGGUGAUCUGAUGAUGGUUUUGCCUUUUGAAAAUACUUGGGAUACUAUUGAACUGACUGGAGAAUCUAUUAGAAAAAUUCUAGAAAUGAGACAAAUGUUAGUCUGGUCCGGACUAAAAAUUACUUACACGAAAGUAAAUGAAACGCGAUUUCUGGUUAAUGUUAAAAUUAGAUGCCAGGCUUGUGAAUAUCCAGUAUUCGAAAACUUGGCGGACAAUCAAUGGUAUAGAAUGGUGAUAUCAAAUUUUUUGAUGAGUGAGGGAGACGGCUUUCACAUUUUUAAAAAUAAAAGUCGUAAUCACAAAACCGGAACAGUCGAUAUAAAUCACUUUAUAAAAUAUAUAACGAAGAUGAGUCCUCUAUUAAUUGGAACCGAGAGACGAAUCAAUAUUAUAGAGUAGAAUUUAGAGAG